AUGGAUAAAGUAGGAUGGAGUUUCAAGAGUUUCAGAACAUUAUUGGUUGUGGCUUCUGUAACCUUCCCUAUUUUAGUCACAUUUACUCUCAUACACCAAAUCUCAGUUUUUGAUCUCGUCCAAGCUUUUAACGCUUUGGCUGCAAAAGCACACAAUGCUACUAAUAUUGCCUUAAAACAAGGAACUCAAAAUGCUACCACUACUAAUUUCUUACAACAAGGAGCUCAAAAUUUCUUAAGACAAGGGGUUACGCCUGGGAUCUUAGAAGAACGAACUCAGACACAAUCUCUCUCAGGUCCAAAGAAUAAUUCAUUUGAAGAUGGGAAGAAUGUUCUGUCUCUAUCUACUACCACCAUUUCUAAUGACAAACUCCUUGAUGGGCUUCUGGUUUCCUCAUUUGAUGAAGCAUCAUGCUUUAGCAGAUAUCGAUCUUAUUUGUACCGCAAAACUUCCCCUCACAAACCUUCUAAAUAUCUGAUAUCCAAGCUACGAAACUAUGAACAUCUUCAUAGAAAUUGUGGACCUUCUACCAAAUCAUACAACAAAAUCAUGACAAUGGGAACAAACUUUAGCAAAAUUGAUGUUAGUACAAAGUGUAAAUAUCUUGUCUGGACAGCUGCCAAUGGCUUAGGGAACAGAAUAGUAACCUUGGUUGCAGCAUUUCUUUAUGCUAUUCUUACAGAUCGUGUUCUGCUUGUUAAAUUUGGGGCCGAUAUGUUUGGUCUCUUUUGUGAACCAUUUCCUGAUUCCUCAUGGUUAUUGCCUAGGAGUUUUCCUUAUUGGAAAGAUCAGAAACAUAUUGAAACAUAUGAAAGCAUGUUAAAGAAUACAAAUGCAAACAGUUCACAGGAACUUUUGCCACCAUUUCUUAUUCUUAAUCUACAGCACACCCACGAUGGUCACAAUAAUUUUUUUCACUGUGAUGGAAGUCAAGAUCUUCUUCGGAACAUUCCUGUGCUGAUUUUAAGUUCGGACCAAUAUUUUGUCCCUUCUCUUUUUAUGAUUCCAUCAUUUAGACAAGAUCUAAGUAAAAUGUUCCCUGAGAAAGACACUGUUUUCCACCAUCUUGGACGUUACCUUCUUCACCCAUCAAAUGAGGCAUGGGAAAUAAUUAGAAAAUUCUAUGAGGCACACCUAGCCAAGGCAAAUGAGAGGAUUGGCCUGCAGAUUAGAGUUUUUAAUACUCAUCGAGCGCCACAUCAAACUGUUAUUAAUGAAAUUAUAGCCUGCGCCCUUCAGCAUAAGUUGCUGCCUGAUCUCAACACACAAAAGUCAGUAACUUCUCCUUCGAAGAAGAAAACCUCAAAAGCUGUUUUAGUAGCAUCUUUAUACUCAGAAUACGGUGAGAGGCUGAAGACUAUGUAUCAGGCAAAUAGAACUGUGACCACAGAAGUAAUAAGAGUCUAUCAGCCCAGCCAUGAAGAGCGUCAAAAGUCAAAUGAUGACAUGCACAACAUUAAGGCAUGGACUGAAAUAUAUUUGCUGAGUUUGUGUGAUGCAUUGGUUACAAGCCCUAAGUCUACUUUUGGGUAUGUUGCUCACAGUCUUGGAGGUUUGAAACCAUGGAUUUUGCAGCGGGCAUACGAUGAAACCAUCCCAGAUCCACCUUGUCGACGAGCCAAGUCCAUGGAGCCUUGUUUCCAUUAUCCUCCCAAAUAUGACUGUAGGGUCAAUGGCACAGUUGAUUUUACUUCCCUUUUUCAAGAUAUGAAGCAUUGUGAAGAUGUAUCUAGUGGACUGACGCUGGUUAAUGGUAAUCACUAG